UUUCUUUUUUCAGUAAGCUAACUUCUCAAUGUCCCAAGCAAACAAAGUGUCACCCAAGUUGGAUUUUGACGACCCGGAGAAUAAAAAUAAUUCAGAUGUGCCCUUAGAGCCUGGCACAGGACAAGGUAGCAGGGUGGACGAUAAUCAAAGUAGAAGCGGCUCAGAUGGUGGAACCAACGAACGAGGUAGCGAUACAGCAACCAGAACUAACAGCGGUGCUGCUGGAGGUGGUAAAUCUGGACCGAAAAUACAUGGCGUGCGAGUGACUGUUGAUACGGGUGACGCACAAAAAUCCAAAGAGAACACUGAAAGUGUGGAAAUAACUGAUGUGGGGAAGCAUAAGAAGCGUGUUGGCAUUCAUACUGAUAUAACAUUCGAAAUAUCCACCGAUGGAGACAGUGACGGCAAUGGGACGAGUUCAGCGCAAGAUGGUGACAAAGAGGACGCCAGUGUACCCAUAUUUAAGGGGCGCAGUGGACCCACGCAUAAAACGCGCAAUCCACAGGACCACAAAAGCCAAUGGAAUCAGAAUUCAUCUGAACGACGCAGUUAUGGAGACAGCGGUCAAGGAACAGGUCCAGCUUACUACUACCCACAGUAUUACCCAAAUAAUGUGCCGGUUUAUGUUUCCACUGAUAAUAGUAGGGGUGGAAAUGGGGGAACGGCCCAUAGGCGAGGUGAUGGCUGGAACAGCUAUAUACCCUGGUCUAACGUUUGGACCACAGAGCGUAACUAUAACGAACAAUAUCAACCCAACACUGUCGCUGGACAUAGGGUGCCUAGCUGGAAGCCCUGCUAUUGCAUGACCUCUGUGGUGGAUAACAGACGGCGAAGAGAAUAUAGUCGUGGCCUAGGAGUGGUACCUCAACCCACCAGUCCAAUCAUUAAAGUGGUCGAUGCAAAAUUUAAAAAACCUUUCUUACAAAGAUAAUUUCCUAAGUCCAAAACAUCGAAUUACAACUUAUUUAAAUUAAAAGUUUUUCUUUACUUUCUGAAGUAAUAUUUUUAUGUUAGCGUUGAAAUAAAAGACGCAGAUUGUCUUAGCGUAAAGAACACAUUAAAGUAUUUUAAGUUUAU